AUGAGUCAGGAUCGUCCCGAAAGUGGUACGACCCUGGGGUCGGGAAAAGAAAGGCGCGCUUCAACCGAAUCUGCUCCUGCAAGUAUCGAUACAUCGUCUGAGUCCGGCCAAGAGAAAGAUUUUGCUCCGAUUCGCAGUGCACCAACAAACCAGUCUAAUGGAGACACGGAAGACGCUCGACUGACUGAUGGAAGUCUUGCACGAACGUUGACUCGCCGACGCAGUUACGCGUCCGGCCAUGAGGAUGAAGAAUGGGCACAGAUCGAACGGUUGAUUUCUCGGAUGUUUGGUGAAGAGCGAAAAGCCAAUUCCGAGGAAGAAAAGACAAGACAUGCCGGAGUAGUCUGGAAGAACUUGACGGUCAAAGGUGUCGGCCUAGGAGCAGCUCUCCAGCCGACCAAUGGCGAUAUCUUUCUUGGUAUUCCAAGGUUGAUCAGAAAUUUAUUGACCCGGGGAAGAAAAACUACUGGAGCUGGGAAGGCCAAUAUUCGCACGAUUCUGAAUGACUUUACUGGUUGCGUCCGACCGGGAGAAAUGCUUCUUGUAUUGGGUCGCCCUGGAUCUGGCUGUUCAACCUUUCUGAAGGUGGUUGGCAAUCAGCGAUUUGGUUAUGAGAGCAUCGACGGCGAUGUGAGGUAUGGCGGAACUGACUCGUCCACUAUGGCAAAGAGCUAUAAAUCAGAAGUGUCAUAUAAUCCUGAGGAUGAUCUUCACUACGCUACUUUGAGUGUGCGCGACACCUUGCUUUUCGCUCUCAAGACGCGAACUCCAGAUAAAUCUUCACGAAUUCCAGGCGAGAGUCGAAAAGAUUACCAGCAGACGUUUCUUUCAGCGAUCGCCAAGCUUUUCUGGAUCGAGCAUGCUUUAGGAACUAAAGUUGGCAACGAGCUCAUCCGAGGAGUUUCCGGAGGAGAGAAAAAGCGAGUAUCGAUCGGAGAGGCGAUGAUCACCAAGGCUAGCACACAAUGUUGGGACAACUCGACAAAGGGUCUGGACGCGAGUACAGCACUCGAGUAUGUCCAGAGCCUGAGAAGUUUGACCAAUACUGCACACGUCUCAACCUUAGUCGCUCUUUACCAAGCUUCCGAGAAUUUGUUCAAUCUGUUUGAUAAAGUCAUCCUGAUUGAAGAUGGAAAAUGCGCAUUUUUCGGUCGCUCCGAAGACGCCAAGGCAUACUUUGAACGACUCGGUUUCGAAUGUCCGCAGCGAUGGACAACCCCUGAUUUCUUAACGUCUGUCAGCGAUCCACAUGCAAGACGAGUGAAACCUGGCUGGGAAGACCGAAUUCCCCGUACCGCCGAUGAGUUUCAAGCUGCAUAUCGUCACAGCGAUGCUUUCAAGGCGUCCCUCACCGAUGUGGAAAGGUUUGAGCAAGAGAUACAAGAAGAGGAGCACGAAAAGGAGGCCGCCAGGCAGAACAUCAAGAAGAAGAAUUACACUGUCUCCUUUUGGAAGCAGGUUAUGAUCCUUACUCAUCGACAAUUUCUCGUGAUGUUUGGAGACAGAGCGGCGCUGGCUGGGAAGUGGGGAGUCAUUAUUUUUCAAGCUUUGAUCGUGGGAAGUCUGUUCUACGACCUCCCCAAUACAAGCUCUGGGGUCUUCACAAGGGGAGGUGUCAUGUUCUUCAUUCUGCUGUUCAAUGCUUUGCUUGCUUUAGCAGAGCUUACGUCGGCAUUUCAUAGUCGACCAAUUCUCUUGAAACACAAGAGCUUUUCUUUCUAUCGUCCAUCAGCGUAUGCCUUAGCGCAGGUUGUGGUGGAUGUGCCGUUGGUAUUUAUCCAAGUUGUGCUCUUUGACGUGAUAGUCUAUUUCAUGGCCAAUCUUGCACGAACACCUUCACAAUUUUUCAUCAACCUGCUCUUCAUUUUCAUCCUCACCAUGACCAUGUACUCAUUCUUCCGAUCUCUCGGGGCGUUAUGUGCAUCAUUGGACAUAGCCACUCGUCUUACUGGAGUCGCAAUCCAAGCACUUGUUGUAUACACGGGAUACCUCAUCCCGCCGUGGAAAAUGCACCCGUGGCUCAAAUGGCUCAUUUGGAUCAAUCCCGUACAGUACGCUUUCGAAUCAUUGAUGGCUAACGAGUUUUACAAUCUCGAUAUCAUAUGCGAGCCACCGUACAUUGUUCCUGCGGGUCCAAACGCAUCCCUAGGUCAUCAGACCUGCGCUAUUCAAGGAAGCACUCCCGAUCAGCUAACUGUCAAUGGGGCUGAUUAUAUCAAAACCGCCUACACUUAUUCUCGCUCGCACUUGUGGCGCAACUUCGGCAUCAUCAUUGGAUGGUUUCUGUUCUUCGUCGCUCUGACAAUGCUUGGAAUGGAGAUUCAAAAGCCUAACAAGGGCGGAAGCUCUGUGACUGUUUUCAAGAGAGGUGAAGCACCGAAGGCAGUCGAAGAUGCAAUCGAGAAUACCAGGCGAUCAGUGGAUGAAGAGUCAACGACAAAGGAUGGUGCAACGCCCGAAAUGCAGGAUGAAGAGGCAAAAGAGAAAGUCCAGGACAUUGCCAAGAAUACAUCGAUUUUCACAUGGCAGAACGUGAAUUAUACAAUCCCCUAUAAAGGUGGUCAAUUGAAGUUGCUGCAAGACGUUCACGGCUAUGUCAAGCCCGGUCGGCUUACAGCGUUGAUGGGUGCAUCUGGUGCAGGAAAAACGACACUCCUCAAUGCCUUGGCGCAGAGAAUCAACUUCGGCGUCGUCACUGGCAGUUUCUUGGUCGAUGGAAAACCGCUUCCAAAGAGUUUUCAAAGAGCGACCGGGUUUGCCGAACAAAUGGACAUUCAUGAACCGACUGCAACUGUGCGAGAGUCUUUCCGUUUCUCAGCCCUCUUACGUCAGCCUAAAGAAGUGCCAUUGCAAGAGAAAUACGAUUAUUGCGAGAAGAUUAUCGACCUACUCGAAAUGCGGCCUAUUGCUGGCGCGACGGUCGGAUCUCAGGGAUCUGGGUUGAAUCAAGAGCAGAGAAAGCGACUCACUAUUGCAGUGGAGCUUGCCAGCAAACCAGAACUACUUCUGUUUCUGGAUGAGCCAACCUCAGGUCUUGACUCGCUCGCAGCUUUCAAUAUCGUCCGUUUCCUUCGGAGAUUGGCAGAUGCAGGGCAGGCCGUGCUUUGCACCAUCCACCAACCUUCGGCUGUGCUCUUCGAGCAAUUUGAUGAGCUUCUUCUACUGAAAAGUGGUGGUCGGGUGGUAUACAACGGGGCUCUUGGGCACGAUUCAAAGACCUUGAUUGACUACUUUAAGCGUAACGGAGGAAAAAAGUGCCCACCUGAUGCCAACCCGGCGGAGUACAUGCUCGAGGUCAUCGGCGCUGGCAACCCGGAUUAUAAGGGCCAAGACUGGGGCGAUGUAUGGGCCAACUCGACAGAAUCUAAGAAGCUGACAGAAGAGCUAGAGAACAUUAUCAGCUCCCGCCGUCAGAUGCAAGACGACGACAAGAUCAAAGAUGAUCGGGAAUACGCGAUGCCUCUCUAUACCCAGAUUGUGGCAGUGACUAGAAGAGCAUUCGUGGCAUAUUGGAGACUCCCUGAUUAUAUUCUGGGCAAAAUGAUGCUUCAUAUUUUCACCGGCCUUUUCAAUACUUUCACGUUCUGGCAUCUUGGAAACAGCUAUAUUGACAUGCAGUCGAGACUCUUUUCCAUCUUUAUGACCCUCACUAUCUCGCCCCCUCUUAUUCAGCAGCUACAGCCACGAUACCUUCAUUUUCGAGGGAUCUACGAGUCGCGCGAAUCCAGCUCCAAAAUCUACUCCUGGAUUGCAUUCGUAAUAAGCACAAUUUUGCCGGAGCUUCCAUACUCAAUUGUUGCAGGAUCUGUGUACUUUAAUUGCUGGUAUUGGGGCAUCUGGUUUCCUCGCGACUCGUUCAGCGCGGGCUAUACAUGGAUGCUUCUCAUGUUGUUUGAGUGCUAUUAUGUUGGCUUUGGCCAAUUUAUUGCAGCCUUUGCCCCGAAUGAGCUAUUUGCGUCUUUGCUAGUCCCCUCGUUCUUCACCUUUGUCGUCGCCUUUUGCGGUGUUGUCGUUCCCUAUGCAGCUCUACCUCAUUUCUGGCAAUCUUGGAUGUAUUGGCUCACGCCUUUCCAUUAUUUGCUCGAGGGAUUCCUGGGUGUUGCCACUCACAACGUGCCCGUGCAAUGUGUGGAGCGCGAAGAAGCCCAUUUUAGUCCGCCUUCCGGCAUGACUUGCCAAGAAUAUGCAGGUGCUUAUGCACGAGAAGCAGGAGGUUAUGUUCGUGAUGCAGCAAACGGGAUGUGUGCAUAUUGCCAAUAUUCUGAAGGUGACCAAUUCGGUAUCUUUUGGGCCUUUGUUAUCUUCAACUUUCUAAUGGUGUUUUUCUUCUCAUGGCUAUACCUCCACGGUGUUCGAAAUUUCAAGCGGUGGCUCAGCGAACGCAGGACCAAGAGUGGCAAGAGUAGUGGGGCUUGA